AUGAAAGAAGUGGUCAGGGCAGAGGUAUUGAAAUUACUGGAUGCCGGCAUUAUAUACCCAAUUUCAGACAGUGCAUGGAUCGGCCCAAUUCAAGUUGUGCCGAAGAAAGGGGGAAUCACAGUGGUGCAAAAUGAGAAAAGUGAGCUAAUUCGUACCAGAACUGUAAUGGGAUGGAGAGUUUGUAUUGAUUAUCGCAAACUUAAUACAGCUACACGAAGGGACCAUUUUCCAUUUUCGUUUAUUGAUCAGAUACUAGAAAUGUUGGCAAGGCAUUUACACUAUUAUUUUCUUGAUGGAUACUCAGGCUACAACCAGAUACCAGUUGCUCCAGAGGAUCAGGAGAAGACCACGUUCACUUGUCCCUACGACACUUUCGCCUACGGUAGGAAGCCAUUUGGUCUGUGCAAUGCUCUGGCUACAUUUCAUAGAUGCAUGAUGGCAAUAUUCUCCGAUAUGAUUGAAAGAUUCAUAGAGGUGUUCAUGGACGAUUUCUCAGUUUUUGGAUCGUUAUUUGAUGAAUGCUUGGAACAUUUAAAUCUGGAAGGAAUUGUACUUGGACAUCAGGUCUCAACAAAAGGAAUUGAGGUGGACAAAGCAAAAAUUCAGGUUAUUGAGAAGCUACCGCCACCAACAUCGAUUAAAAGGGUCCACAGUUUCUUAGGGCAUGCGACAUUUUACAGGAGAUUCAUAAGGGAUUUUUUGAAAAUCACUAAGCCGCUGUGCAAUCUACUGAUGAAAGAUGUACCUUUUGAAUUUAAUGAGGAAUGCCUGAUAGUUUUCAACACUUUGAGGGAGAAACUCACGACAACAUCGGUAAUUGUAGCACCAAAUUGGGAAUUUCCUUUUGAAUUAAUGUGUGAUGCCAAUGAUCACUUCGUGGGUACAGUAUUAGGACAGCGAAAAAAUAAGAUUUUUCACGUGAUUUACUAUGCAAUCAGAACCCUAAAUGAUGCCCAGAUCAAUUGCGCUACCACUGAAAAGAAGCUUUUGGCCGUCGUAUAUGCAUUCGACAAAUUUAUAUCAUAUCUUAUGGGAUCUAAGGUCUUCGUUUACACAAAUCACGCUGCACUGAAGUAUCUGCUAACAAAAAAAGAUGCGAAGUCGAGAUUGAUCCAAUGGAUAUUGUUGCUACAAGAAUUUGACAUUGAAAUCAGAGAGAAAAAUGGCAGCGAAAAUGUGGUAGCAGAUCGCCUGUCACGAUUGGAGUCUGGGGAGACAGAAGAAUUAGUGGAUAUCAGUGAAAUUUUUCCAGAUGAACAGAUGUUGAACAUAGAAGAAGCACGUUGGCUCUCAGACAUUGUUAAUACUUGGCCAACUUCAAAGACUGCCGCUAAGAUUUUACAGUCAGGGUUCUAUUGGCCUAUAUUGUUUAGAGACGCUUUUGAAUUUGUGAAGAGGUGUGAUAGGUGUAAGCAUACUGGAAAUAUCUCGAGAUGGAAUGAAAUGCCAUUGAACAACAUUUUGGAAGUGGUGAUAUUUGACGUCUGGGGGAUUGAUUUCAUGGGACCUUUUCCCAUAUCCUUCUCAAAUCAAUAUAUCUUGGUAGCAGUAGACUAUGUAUCCAAAUGGGUGGAAGUAGUUGCAUUGCCAACAAAUGACGCGAAGGCCAUAAUUGGGUUUAUGAAGAACGAUAGGGGAAAGCACUUUUGCAAUCGUCAGUUUGAGAAAUUGUUGAAUAAAUAUGGCAUCAAACGUCGUGUAGCUACUCCAUAUCAUCCACAGGCCAGCGGACAAGUUGAAGUUUCUAAUCGGCAAUUGAAAAGAAUACUUGAGGUUACAGUGAAUUCAUCUCGAAAGGAUUGGUCUAAAAAGUUGGACGAUGCUUUGUGGGCUUAUAGGACAGCACUCAAGACACCAAUAGGGAUGUCUCCAUACCACCUAAUUUUUGGGAAAUUAAACACGGAUUUGAAAGCCACCGGGGAAAAGAGAUUGUUGCAACUGAAUGAGUUAGAUGAAUUUCAGAUGGAAGCAUAUGAAAACGCAAGGCUCUACAAAGAGCGAACUAGAAGUGUCAUGACAUGCACAUUCAGAGGAUGCCUCCAAGACAAACCUCAGAAGGGAAGGAAAAAGUUGGCUCAUCUUCCGGAACAGCCCCCGGCGGUAAAAUUAGAGGGUUUUCCAGGUUUUGAGUUGAUCACUUUGGUGGAUAACUGUGGGUGGGCAAAGCUCACGUGGGACAACAUAACCCCCAUCCCGAGCAAUUUCAAUUGGAAUGAAGUAGCCGAGAUCCUAUUGGGGCGACAAAAUGCAUGGUCACUCCCCACCACUGCAUGGCACCAGAUUGAGCUGACACCGUCUAUAGCUAUCUUGUGGCUGUUUAUGUGCCAUAACGUGGAGCCGACCUCGCAUAUGACCACAUUCACAGAUCCCACAACUGGGUUCAUUUAUCACUUGGUGCGAGGAAAUAAGAUCGAUCUCGCCACUCUUUGCUAUAAUCAGAUCCAUCAUGUGGGUACUCUGGGAGACAGGCACAGUUCAAUAAUUUAUCCCAGCCUCAUCUCCGGCAUAUGCUUAGCUGCUGGCAUCAAUAUCGCACCAGGGGAGGCACCUGCUAAACCCAACCCCCUAUAA